AUGAUUAAAUUUUAAAAAUUAGAUCAGCCAUUAGCCAGUCUAGAAACAGUUAAAGUCACAUCUCCUUAGAAUAAUCGAUUUUUUAUUGUCCAUCCAUCGCCAAUCGAAAUCUAGACUCAAACUCAAAAUUUCUUUUGUGGAUCCUCAGAAUUGCUAAGAUAAAUACCUCCUCAUGAUAAAGGACCUAAACUUGAUUCUAAAGGGUAGAUCAUAAGACACACAUUAGUUGGUUCUGUCCAACAAUUUACGCUUGAAAAAUAAAGAAGACAAAGCACAGGCAAGAAACCUUAAGUCAAGUUGUAAACCUAACUACAACCUGAAAUCGAGGUUCCACCUAUGAUUAAUAAUAGUUACACAAAAUUAACUGAAUUUAUGUCAAGUAAGGAUCUUGUCAAAAAAUCCCCAAACAAAGUCAAAUCUAAAGAAUACCAACUGAUCUAAUUAAAUGAGGAAUAAGUACAGUAAGAAAUAGUUGAUGUUGAGAGAAGAGUAAAAAUCAAUUAAGCUGAAACUGCCAAAUUGAAUCAAGAAAUCAAAUAGCAGCUCAAUAAAGGAGAUCAACUUAAAAUGGAUGCAUUUAUUAGGGCCAUGACAAAUUAUGAAAACACUCAAACUGAUUGGGAAUAAACUAAAAUUAAGGUGAGCUCUAGAAUCUCCAGAAAAACUGGCUAAUCCAUGAAUGACAAGAUUGAAUAAUUCAGAGUCAAAUAAGAAGUUAAGUAAUUGCUUGAUCAUAUCACGCCCAUUGAUUAAAAAUUAGGCAAUGAUUAUUGGAAAUAAGGAUUAAGGUCGCAAGAAUCAACUCUAAAAAGAAGGAACCCCUACAAGUACAUAGACAAAUUAGAAGAGGAUCCCAAUUAUCAAAUUGACAAAAAGCCUCCGGUUAUAGAGAUCAUCAGAAACUAGAACUCGAGUGCCAAAGGAUUUAGACCUUAUUCAUCAUUCACCUCUCGCUUUUAUUUGGAUAGAAAGUUGAAAGAGAAUGAAGAACUUGUUAAGAAACUCAUCCCUUAAAAUUUAGAUGAGAUUGAUCAACUUUCAUUAACUGGAUAGAAUGUGAUGAAAUAAGAAAUCAACUCUGUCAGAAAUCCAAGGGAUAGUUUUGUGAAAAUCACAGGCUCUUUAGCAAAUAGUUAAGGAGGCUUUAAAACAUAUUUUAAGAAAGUACCAAUAAAAUAAGAACAUCAACAACCUGAUGAAGUGAUAGUUUAAAAUUAUGAUAAGAAGAAAAUGUUAAAUACAGGAUAAUUCGGAAGUUUGAAAGGAUAUUUUUGAAUAAAUUUUUAUCAUAAGUUUCAAGCUUUGACUAUUUCUUUUUA